CCACUUUCUUAGAUUAGAGACAUCAACCCCACCUCCCAACCACUUGCUUCCGAUAUGAUCUGUUUCACCUGCCCACCAAGUAGCACACAGAUUUAAGGUAGCCGGGAUUCCCGAAACAAAACAAAGCAGAAGCAUAGAGGACGGAGCUACCCAUAGCACUGAUUAAUAUUAGAUCUCAUGGGGAACAUACACCAGGCCGGCGUCAAGAAAGAUGACCAUGGCGGCGGUGACAACCAGCAGCUACAGGUGGUCUCCGUUCUCGAGCUCCAGGCCGGCGUUGUGGAAGACCAGCCGCAGCCACUCGGCGGAUGGCAUGCCGUCGAGGCAACCUCCAUGUUGGAAAAUUGCAAGGCAAACAGUACUGCUACAGAUGGAGGCACCGGCAGCAGGAUAGAUAUCCUCGGGCCUGCAACCGAACAGAAUAUCCCAAAACCCAGUGAUCCUCCUCAUCCAUGCCCGCCGCCACAGUCGCUGCCGGAGGGUGUGCAGUCCGUGCUCAAAACGUCACGGGUUAAUCGAAAGUGCAUUGGAGACGGCGAUGGCUUCACUGCUUAUGAGGAGAGGAUUGCAGGUGAUACAAACAUCCGAGAUCCACCGAAAUACAAAAUUAGAAUGAAGGGGAUUGAUGCACCGGAGCUGGAUAUGGAAUAUGGCAUGGAGUCAAAGGAUGAAUUGGUGAGGCUUAUUGGGGGGAAGCGUGUUUCGAUUCUUGUGUAUGGGCCAGACAAAUAUGGACGAUCUCUUGGUGACAUCUACUGUGACGGUGUCUUUAUCCAAGAACAAAUGCUGAAAGGGGGCUUUGCCUGGCACUACAAAAUGUGCGACAAACGUCCUGAAUUUGCAAAAGUAGAACCGCAGAACCAGGUCAAUGAGAGCAGUAUAGCUCUACCAUUGCUGAUAAUGAAAGAUAUGGAGGAUCUGGGUAGGAAAUGGAAAGGGAGUUUGGAAAAAUUUGUGUCUGAGAACAUGAAACUACACGAUCAGGUCCAGGAGUUAAAGAGAGAUAAGAAGGAGGCUGAGGAACGUGCUAGGAAGGCAGAAAAGGAAAUGGAAAGUGCUGUGGCUGACAACAUGAAGCUGAAUGCUCAGCUCCAGGAAUCUGAAAUUAAUAAAAAGGAGGCCGAGGACCGAGUUUUACAGUUGGAUUUCUUCUCAGGAAGUGUUGCAGCUGUAAACAUGGAUUUGCACAAUAAGAUUGAGGUUUUAGAAAAUGAGAAUAAAAAGGCCGAGGACCGAGCAAAGGAGGCAGAAAGUGAAAUGGAGAGUGUUGUGGCUGAGAACAGGAAAUUGAACGAUCAGCUCCAGGUAGUAGAGGGCCAAGCAGUGAAGCUGAAAUUUUUUUGUGAAAAGGUUGCAAGUGUAAACAUAGUUUUGCACCAUAAGCUGGAGGGUUCAGAGGAGAAGAAUAAAAUGUCCGAGGAGCAAGCCAAGGAGACAGAGAAGGAGAUGAAAACUGUUCUGGAUGACAAUGUGAAACUAAGCGGUCAGAUUCAAAAAUUAAAUAAGUUAAAUAAAGAGAUUACCGCCUUUGCUAAUAAUAGUAAAAGGAAAUUGCAAAGUGUUCUAGCCGUAAACAUGGAUUUGGAUAAGAAGGGGGAGGAGGGAGCUACUUUGCCAGAUAAGGGAUUGGAAACCGUUGGAGUCGAAAACGUGAAGGGGAAAUUACAAGGCAUAAGUCACAAGAAGAAUGAACAAACUGUGGAGACCCCAUCGGCAACUCCAACCAAAGACUCUGGCGUGAAAAAACCCACUGUGUGGCGGAUAAAAACGACCGCAACGACAUCUUCGGCGCCUCCACCAAAGGGUCAUUAUGAAUAGACACAACUAUGUGUUGAAUUUAAGCUAUUGCCUACAUAUACAAGUUCAACAACAGCAUGUGUUGCUACAAAUUAAAAAAAAACUAUAUAUUAUAUAAUCUAUAAUCACGUGGCAUUUUGUGUUUCACCCGAACAUAUUUCCUUUUGUUUUCUAUAAAUAAUAUAAUGACAUUUAAUUCUAUCGUAUUGAUCCACCCCUAUUGGAGGGGGUCUCCACACUAUUUCGCCUUGAUCCGUCAGUAUGUAUGUUUACUCCUAUCAUUAUAUUAUGCGGCUUCGUUCUUCAGGGUUGAUAAUGUGGCGGUGUCGACCUUUCUCGCCGUGUCGAUUUGGUUCGCGUUCCUUUUCUGAAGUGCGGGUUCGUGGUCGUGCAAUGGCGUCGGCAGACCUCUGGUGGAGCUAACUGUGACCUGCUUGUUUGUGGCCCUCCCAUGGUGCUCCCGGUUGCCACACGUCCAUUCGGAUUCUUGGGGGAACCACUUCUCCUUCCGAUGGUGCGGCAUCCUUUUGAUCCGGAAGGAUGUCAAUGUGCCCAUGUUAUUCAUCAUUCAGGAAUGGACUUGGGCCGUCACCUUUCACAUUGGAGCCCCCAACAAGUUUUGUGCUGCUUGUCUAGUGCUAGCUGCUUUAGCGGACGAAGACCCCGACGAAUCAAGUUCAUUUCCUUGGUUCAUCUUGGUAGUUGCUUGUGUUGUAUUCGGUCUGUGCACAAACUUAUUUGCAGCAUGCAUCUGUCGUCUGAGGUUGUUUGACCAUGGUUUCUUUUUUAUUUCUUUCUGAUGCUUGUAAGUGGUUGAUCAUUGUAAUUCUGUCUGGGGUUUUGGUAAUUGUAAGUCGGGCUAGGUUUGAGCCUUUUCUUAGGCUCGGACGAUGU